GAAAGAGAUCCUGGACCUAUGAAUAUCCAGUUUGAGCCAUCAGAUCUAAGAUCCAAAAGAGAUGGCAUCUCACUUUAUUGGCCGAGCUGGUCUUGAACUCCUGGGCUCAAGCAAUCCUCCCACCUUGGCCUCCCAAAGUGUUAGGAUUACAGGUGUGAGUCACCACGCCUGGCUCUGGCAGUGAUGAAAAGGUGUUCUAGAUUAUGAGAUUAAUCCUUACUUAGAAGUGUUUAAAUAUGUAUAUUAGAAUCAGUAAAAUAUGAUGUAAUAAAAAGAAUUAAAUGAGGCAUAUUCUGCUCUCAUUGGGAAGACUCUGAAGAUGUCAGUCUUCAAAUUUUAAUCCAUAAAUUUAAGUGAUUCCCCCCUAAAAUGCCAGCAGCCUAUUCCAAAGUUUAUAUGGAUCAGUAAUUUCACUUCUAAGCAUUAAUUCACAUUGUCAAAAAUUGUAUGUGUGCAAGGUUGUGUAAUGCAGUAUUUUUUAUAAUAGUAAAGAUUAAAAGCAAUCAAAAUUUCUUUUCUUACAGGAUUGGAUAAAUAAGUUGUGGCACAUUUAUACAAUGGAAUAUUUUUUCCUCUGUUAAAAAGGAGGUGGCUUUAUUACAUAUCCAAAUGGAACAAGUCUUCAACUUAUUUUGUUAAGUGAAAAAUUGAAGUACAGAGCAGUGUGUAUAAUAUGCCACCAUUUGGGUAAAAAUAAAUAAAUAUAAUAUAAUAUGUAUAAAUGAAGUUUUGGGUAGUAAAUAGGAAACUGUAAGAUGGUUGCCCCCUCAGAGGGAAACUGAGUGCUUUAGGUGGGAUGGUGUGGCAGGUACUGUUAGGUAGACACCCACCCAACAAUUAAUCAGCAACCCUACCUAUUCCUUAAUGUCAACAGAAUCCUUAUUUUUUUGAGUCACAGUGGGUCUUCAUCCAAGAGAUGAAAGAUGGUUGGUUUAAGCUAAUCUUGAUAAUCCUAGUUUCAUUCACACAUACUUAAGUUUUUAGUCUUUCUUAAAACUAGAGGUGGAAAUGUGAAAUUUAUCACAUGAGAAAUUUAUCAUUGUCAUUUAUAGUGGCCAUCAGAAAAGAUAAUGAAAUAAGACUUUUGAUUCUUACUUAUAUAUUCCAAUGUCAGUAAAUAUAAGCACUAAUGAAUGCUGACUUGAAUGCUCAGGAUUUUCUUGAAACUUCUAAAUUCUGUGAUAAAUAAUUGACCACUGUGACAACAGAACAUAAGUCAUUAAAGUGCAUUCCAUUACAGUAAGUUGGCAGGAGUUCAAACAGUUCUCUGUAAAUUUGUUUAACUGGGUAGAUUAAAUGGCAAUAUAUUUUCUAUAAUGAAACUUGUUGAAAUGAGAGGGAAUCAGCUAUUUACAAUCAUGGCAUAACUACCUAGACUUUCUGGUAGCCAAAGAGAGAACCUGAUUUUCAGUAUUGCUUGAUGUUGCUGCAUAUUCAGGAUUGCUGCUAUUCUCGGACUGUGCCCUGGGGAAGUUGACCAUCCAGCUAGCCUACAAACAGAUUGUGAAGCCUUUCUAUAUAGAGCCCACAAACAUCGUGAAUGUGAAUCAUGUCAUUCAGAGGGUUAGUGACCAUGCCUCCGCCAUGAACAAGAGAAUUCAUUACUACAGCCGGCUCACCACUCCUGCAGACAAGGCACUGAUUGCCCCAGACCAUGUAGUUCCAGCUCCAGAAGAGUGCUAUGUGUAUAGUCCAUUGGGCUCUGCUUAUAAACUUCAAAGUUACACUGAAGGAUAUGGUAAAAACACCAGUUUAGUAACCAUUUUUAUGAUUUGGAAUACCAUGAUGGGAACAUCUAUACUAAGCAUUCCUUGGGGCAUAAAACAGGCUGGAUUUACUACUGGAAUGUGUGUCAUCAUACUGAUGGGCCUUUUAACACUUUAUUGCUGCUACAGAGUAGUGAAAUCACGGACUAUGAUGUCUUCGUUGGAUACCACUACCUGGGAAUAUCCAGAUGUCUGCAGACAUUAUUUCGGCUCCUUUGGGCAGUGGUCGAGUCUCCUUUUCUCCUUGGUGUCUCUCACUGGAGCAAUGAUAGUUUAUUGGGUGCUUAUGUCAAAUUUUCUUUUUAAUACUGGAAAGUUUAUUUUUAAUUUUAUUCAUCACAUUAAUGACACAGACACUAUACUGAGUACCAAUAAUAGCAACCCUGUGAUUUGUCCAAGUGCCGGGAGUGGAGGCCAUCCUGACAACAGCUCUAUGAUUUUCUAUGCCAAUGACACAGGAGCCCAACAGUUUGAAAAGUGGUGGGAUAAGUCCAGGACAGUGCCCUUUUAUCUUGUAGGGCUCCUCCUUCCACUGCUCAAUUUCAAGUCUCCUUCAUUUUUUUCAAAAUUUAAUAUCCUAGGCACAGUAUCUGUCCUUUAUUUGAUUUUCCUUGUCACCUUUAAGGCUGUUCGCUUGGGAUUUCAUUUGGAAUUUCAUUGGUUUAUACCAACAGAAUUUUUUGUACCAGAGAUAAGAUUUCAGUUUCCACAGCUGACUGGAGUGCUUACCCUUGCUUUUUUUAUUCAUAAUUGUAUCAUCACACUCUUGAAGAACAAUAAGAAACAAGAAAACAAUGUGAGGGACUUGUGCAUUGCUUAUAUGCUGGUGACAUUAACUUAUCUCUAUAUUGGAGUCCUGGUUUUUGCUUCAUUUCCUUCACCACCAUUAUCCAAAGAUUGUAUUGAGCAGAAUUUUUUAGACAACUUCCCUAGCAGUGACACCCUGUCCUUCAUUGCAAGGAUAUUCCUGCUGUUCCAGAUGAUGACUGUAUACCCACUCUUAGGCUACCUGGCUCGUGUCCAGCUUUUGGGCCAUAUCUUCGGUGACAUUUAUCCUAGCAUUUUCCACGUGCUGAUUCUUAAUCUAAUUAUUGUGGGAGCUGGAGUGAUCAUGGCCUGUUUCUACCCAAACAUAGGAGGGAUCAUAAGAUAUUCAGGAGCAGCAUGUGGCCUGGCCUUUGUAUUCAUAUACCCAUCUCUCAUCUAUAUAAUUUCCCUCCACCAGGAAGAGCGUCUGACAUGGCCUAAAUUAAUCUUCCACGUUUUCAUCAUCAUUUUGGGCAUGGCUAACCUGAUUGUUCAGUUUUUUAUGUGAAAUACCUCAACUGUUUUUUUCAAGAGCUCUCAUGAUAUUUUGAGCCUUGACAACAGUUCUAUAUAAAUUCACUUGUAAAUGCUGCUGUUGUGUAAUUCUAAAUAUUUUCUAAGAUAAUUUUAAAGCAAGGGAAAUAGUAGCCCCUUAAUAAGUAUUUUUUUAUUGGGGUGGGGAAAGGGGCAAAAAGAAUGAUCUUAGUGUCUUUACCUUUCUCAUAUUAACUCGCCUCUUUAUUCUGUGGUCUUUUCUGAAUAGAAAUGUAUGCCCUAGGAAGAAAUCAUGCUGGGUUUUGCUUUUAGAGAUAAAAAGUGGUGGAUUUAUUUUGCCUGCAGUAGAUUCUCAGGUGUCAGAGCAGCAUAUUGCCAAAUCCUGCUUCUGUUUUAUGUUUCAGUGUAUUCACUUUCAUUUUCUUACUUAUUAGACCAUUUCUGCAGUUUGCCCAAACCUCUACUGUUUGGGACAGUAAGCCAAAUACCUCAUUUUUAAAAAGAAGUUUUCAUGGCAUCAGUGUUAAUAAAGUACAUUUUUAACUGAGUCUUAAUCUCUAUUCGAAGAAAAAGUAGAGACAAGAGUAAUGUCAAUGUAAUCCCCAGGAUCAUGAAAUGUAUACAAAAUAAAUAAAGUAGGAGAGUUUGUUGCCAA